AUGGCCUCGGUUUCUGAAAGCACUGCAAGGGAACAGCUACCAUCAGUCGUGCCACUUGGUCGUAUGGACCAUCACCAAACAUGCUCUCUGCAUCGUGACGAGGGGAUCAGAGUAUGUUGGGUGAAAUCCAAGGAAGGCGAACCAUGCACAAACAACGCUUCAACCCCAGGCUUCGUGGGUGCAGUCCCUACAUGCGAAGUCCAUCACCGCCUUGGUGAGAAAUCAUCUACAUGCGCUUUCAAGCUUCCCUGUGGAUUUCAAUGUGGGAGGAUUUGUGUAUUCAAGAUCCAUGCAUUUCACCUUUGCCCUCUACAUCGACAAGUCUCGACGCCCUGCUACCUCACCACUAAGAUACCCAUUGAGCUCCGCCAGCGUAUCUUACGAUAUCUUUUGCCGGCCAAACCUAUAUCAGCUCACGAAUCAUUCGUCAAGACUUCUCCAGCAUGGCUCGAGAUCUUACGUACCAAUCGCCAGUUCCACAAGGAAGGGACUCAGCUCUUUUACGGUACUGGACCAUUCGUGAUUGAGAUCUCCACGGACAGACUGAGCAUGUGCUAUGCACCUGUAGCACCUCUGCUCUAUAAUCCAGACAGGUAUGCGUCACAAAAAUAUCGAAGGCAAAUCUUGCGUUUAGGGCAAUACGAUAAGGAAAUGCUCAUCUUUUCAAGAGAGCAGCGCGAGAGACCUGGACAGGUGCCACGACAACCUACAACAUCUGUUAAUGGCUUGAUGUCCAGCCCUCCACCACUCACUCCCCACCAAUUCAGCAUGAUCCGAUCCAUCAUCAUCAAUAUCAUCAUCGACGACGGAGACGAAACUGCGAAGCCCAAUAUGGCAAUUUACUCAGCCAAGAUGGAGAAGACGUCCUUCGAUCUCUGCGACCACCUGCAAAAAUUGGUAGGUAGGCUUCAACUGCAACCACUCACCAAACUUCAGGUCGCAAUUCGAUUCGGUGAGAGUGAUACCCAAUUGCAGGAAGCCUUACGCACGGCACGAAUCCUGCUCCAACCAUUUCGACGCCUGCGAAACAUUGACCACGCAGGAGUCCUCUCCAUCACAAUCCAGCCAAUAGACAGGCCGGUCACAGAGCUCCUCCACCACCUCCCAAAAUACCUCCACGAAUGGUCCAGCGAUCUGAAAAGCUCAACGCCGUUUUUCCAGUCCCCGAUUUUCGAAGCCUACUGGCAACUUGAGGAUAUGGUCCGUCUGCUGAAACAGCAUUACCGCCAGGACAACAGAUUGGAUUCGAUGGACGAGUAUUUGCAUAGAGCGAGAGUGGCAAGGGAGAAUGGUGAUCGGGAGAGUUUUGGUGUGAUUUGGGGACGUGUGGUGGAUUUAUGGGUGGAUUAUUUGAACUAUCAGAAGGAGUUUCAAGAAAAUGUGGCGAUGAAGAUUGACAGAAUAAAUGGGCUUCUGGUGGGAUGA